AUGGGCAGCCUCCGCGUCGCCGGCUUGGGGUGGGCCGCCGCCGCCUCGCCGGAAUGGGGCGUGCGCCGCAGCCGCCGCUGCUGCCGCGGGGUGCCGCUGGCCCGCCCCCGCGCGGCGGCGGCCUCCCUCGGCGCAGGGCAGCUCCGGGUGGGGACGGAGCACGGGUGGCUCUGGGACUGCCGCGGCGGCGGAGCGAGGGAUUACGCCAGGGAGAUGGAGGUGGCGGUGCGUGUCGUGCAGGUGGCCUGCACGCUGUGCCAGCGCGUGCAGGACUCGCUUCUCCGCCCCGGCCCCGACGCUGCCGCCGGCGGCGGCCGCGUCCACGCCAAGCUCGACCGCUCCCCCGUCACCGUCGCUGAUUGGGGUGUUCAAGCGACAGUAAGCUGGCUGCUUUCCAGUUCCUUUCAUGAUGAGAACAUAUCUAUCGUUGCCGAAGAAGAUGAUGAGACACUGUCUAGUAGCGAUGGUGCAACUUUGCUUGAAUCUGUUGUUGAGGCUGUCAAUGGCUGUCUUGUUGAAGCUCGAAACUAUGGGCUGAGAUCCCCUGAGAAAGAGCUCGGAGCUCAUGAUGUUAUUCAAGCCAUACGGAAAUGCAGCUCAACUGGAGGCCCGAAAGGAAGAUUUUGGGUGCUUGAUCCUGUCGAUGGCACCCUUGGUUUUGUGAGAGGGGACCAAUAUGCUAUUGCUCUAGCCUUGAUUGAAGAUGGAGAAGUUAUACUUGGUGUUCUUGGGUGCCCAAAUUAUCCAAUGAAGAAAGAGUGGCUCAACUAUCAUCAAAAGUACUACAGGUUGAUGUCUAAGGUUGCUCCUCCUCCACUGGGGUCCUGGCAUAAGGGUUGUGUGAUGUAUGCCCAGAAAGGUUGUGGCCAAGCUUGGAUGCAGCCACUGGUCCAUGACUUCGGUAAGCUAAAUUGGCACCACCCAAGGGAGAUUCAAGUAUCAUCCAUCAGUGAUCCAAUCUCAGCUACGUUCUGUGAACCAGUUGAGAAAGCCAACUCAAGCCAUUCCUUCACAGCAGGACUUGCUCAAAGUGUAGGACUAAGGAAUCAACCUCUGCGCGUGUACAGCAUGGUGAAAUAUGCUGCAAUAGCACGAGGUGAUGCUGAGAUUUUCAUGAAAUUUGCAAGAGCUGGAUACAAAGAGAAGAUAUGGGAUCAUGCUGCAGGGGUGGUUAUCAUUCAGGAGGCUGGUGCAGUGGUCACAGAUGCUGGAGGCCGCCCAUUGGACUUCUCAAGGGGUGUUUACCUGGAAGGUUUGGAUAGAGGCAUAAUAGCUUGUUCCAGAGCAUUGCUUCAUCGUAGAAUUUUAGAUGCUGUUGAUGUGAGUUGGAACUCAUCAACACUAUGA